GAGGAGGAGGAGAGAAAGAGGGAGGGCUGCGCUGCUCUGUUCGACAAACCAGCAACAAGUCAGUUUGGAAUUGGAAUUGGGACUGUGAAUUGGAAAAAUAAAACCCGAACUACGACUGGUUGGAUUAAAAUUAACUCAAAAAAACGAGUCUUCGCUUGGAUAUAUCAGCCGGAGGAGGAGGCGGACGGCUCAGAGACAGAGUGAAGUUAUCAUGGCUGCCCUGUUUACUGAGAUGCCCUCAUAGACUUGCCUAAUUUAUACAUAUACUAGCCUUAAAAUCCCUGCAACCCACACAAACACUUGGACUCUUGGUGUGUGUGAGGGAUGACAACCUCCCAUCUGAACGGCCAUGUCGCUGGGGAGGGAGGAGGAGGAGGAGGAGGAGGAGUAGAUGAAGAGCAGAGAGGAGGACAGCAGCACCGGGAAAUGGCCGUGGACUGUCCGGGAGAGCUGGGGAGCCGAACGCUACCGGUCCGACGAUCCGCGCAGCUGGAGAGGAUACGACAGCACCAGGAGGAUCUGCGUCGCCGCAGAGAGGAGGAGGGUCGGCAGCUAGACCUGAACGCCUCGCUCAGACUCAGGAAGCUCUCCCAGCAUCCCCACAUCGGCAUCGACAACCCCACAUUCCUGCAAGACUCGUACACACCACAGCAGCCAGCGCUCAGCGGCCAGCACACACACCCACUGCUGGAGUUGGAGGAGUUGCUGCUGUCACUGAAGCAGGUCCGGAGCUGCCUGUCCGACCAGCAGAGUCAGAAUGACAUCGAACUGGUUCUUGCACUACUAAACAAGUCUGACUUCCAAUCAGCGCUGAAGAUCCAUAAUGCCGUGGCCACCAGCAUGCACCGACCCUCCCCUCCAUACCCACACACACACCAGGCACUUCAGCUGGCCAUGGAGGCCAGGAAUCUCAUCCAGUCAAGUCAGAACAAAGAGGGACUCGAACUCCACAGCCUGCUGUCAGACACACACAUCCAGUCAUUGCUCCUGGCUCAUGACAGCAUAGCAGAGAUGGAAAUGCAGCCUGAGCCGCUGCCCGCCCAAGGAGAAACACUGACCCAGUGGGGGGGAGAGACUGUCAAGAUAGUUCGCAUUGAGAAAGCCCAGGACAUACCACUGGGGGCGACUGUCCGUAAUGAAAUGGAUAGUGUGGUGAUCAGUCGUAUUGUUCGAGGUGGAGCAGCUGAACGGAGUGGACUUCUGUCGGAAGGAGAUGAGAUACUGGAGAUCAACGGCAUCGAGAUCAGAGGCAAAGAUGUCAACCAAGUCUUCGAUAUUCUUGCGGACAUGCACGGCCUCCUGACCUUUGUGCUGAUUCCCAGCACUCAGAGCAAACCUCCUCCUGUCAAAGAGACUGUGAUCCACGUGAAGGCACAUUUCGACUAUGACCCAUCAGACGACCCCUACGUGCCUUGCAGAGAGCUGGGCUUGUCUUUCCAAAAAGGAGAUAUUCUCCACAUCAUCAGUCAGUCAGACCCCAACUGGUGGCAGGCUUACAGGGACGGAGACGAGGACAACCAGCCACUCGCUGGACUGGUACCAGGGAAGAGUUUCCAGCAGCAGAGAGAAGCCAUGAAACAAACCAUAGAAGAAGACAAGGAGCCAGAGAAGUCUGGAAAGCUUUGGUGUGCAAAGAAGAACAAGAGGAAGAGAAAGAAGCUGCUGUACAACUCUCACAGGAAUGAUGAUAUGGAUAAUGAGGAGAUUCUCACCUAUGAGGAGAUGGCUCUGUACCAUCAGCCGGCCAAUAGGAAGCGACCGAUUGCACUGAUUGGUCCAACCAGCUGCGGGCAGGCAGAGCUCAGACAGAGACUGCUCAACAGUCAGCCAGAGCGCUUCGCUGGAGCUGUACCCCACACCACGCGGAGCCGUCGAGAUGGCGAGCUGAGUGGUCGAGAUUACCAUUUUGUGUCUCGUCAGACCUUUGAGGCUGAACUGGCAGCAGGAAAGCUGAUCGAGUCUGGCGAGUUUGAGAAGAACCUGUAUGGGACGAGUACUGACUCAGUGAGACAGGUCAUCAACACUGGAAAAAUCUGUGUGCUCUGUCUGCACACACAGGCUCUGAAGGUGCUGAGGAGUUCCGACUUGAAGCCUUACAUCAUCUUCAUAGCUCCGCCCUCCCAGGAAAGACUCCGAGCCCUAUUGGCUAAAGACAACAAGAAUCCCAAGCCCGAGGAGCUGCGGGACAUCAUAGAGAAGGCGCGGGAGAUGGAGCAGAGCUGCGGUCACCUGUUUGACGCCGUCAUUGUCAACACGGACCAGGACAAAGCCUACAAUGAGCUGCUACGACUCAUCAACAAACUGGACACUGAACCUCAGUGGGUGCCCUGCUCCUGGCUGCGCUGAACACACACACACACACACACACACACACACACACACACACACACACACAAGUCAGUGACAAUGGAGUACACAUUUUUAAACUCAACCAACUGGAAGCUGAAUGCUGUGACAGAGGAUUGGGGCUGCUGUUAGAGAGAAAACCAAUCUGAGAUUUACAAAGGUGCAAGGUUAUGAGAAAAUGAUGAUUUAUGUAAAAACAUCACAAUAUUAACCCUUUGAACUUUAUCAAAUUGGCUCGAUUUUUUUCAAAAACAUGUCGCGAAAGUAACGAGCAGCGUAACAAGAAAUGGCCCCAGACUCGAUAAGAAAUUACUAGAAAAUUACCUGAAAAUAAGUGAAAAAUAAAAAACAAAAUAGUCACAAAAAUGAGCUCAAGUAAGUGCUAAAAAACAAAUUUAUGUAAUAGAAUUUUACAUAUAAAGAGAGUAAAUAUAUAGUUUUCUGGACUUUUUUUUCUUGUUUUGUAAUAAUAUCUAUAAUACCCCCCAGCUUAUUUUCAGAUCAUUUCCUUGUCACCUUUUACCAUUUCUUCGCAAUUUGCAAGACAUAUCUUGCCCUGUUGCUCGUUAUGUUUUUCCCAUGCUUUUAAAAAAAAAAAUUCUAGAGAUUAUUUUUUGGGGCUUUACCUUUAUGAGACAGGACAGAUUUAGCAUCAAAGGGGGAGCUGAUAAUGUCACAUCAACAAGAAACGGGUUGACUGUUAGGGAGCAUUAGCCAUGUGAUUCCAGCAUUUACCCCUGUCACUGUGUGUUACCCCACAGCAGCAGUCUAAUCAUAAAUAAAAGAGAGAGAGAGGCUGACCGAAUCAAUACGCUGCAUACAUCUCUACAAUUAAUGAGAUUUUACCAGUUUUAUAUAGUCAAAUCUACAGUAAAGUUGCAAAUUUGACAAAAUUGCAAGGUCGCUCAGGAUUCACAUGGAUUGGCUUAAUUUGUGUUAUUAUUAAUAUUGUUAGUUAUUGAGGAGAAAUCCUAAUAUUAUUAGAUUACUUUGUUAUAUUACAAGAAAAAGUAAGACCAGAGUGAGAAUAAGUGCCAUUAAAUAAGUCACAAUAUUACCAAAGUUGUAAUUUUACUCGAAAAAUUCCUAAAAAAUGUGUGAAUAAAGUUGUGCUUUCACAAGAAGAUCUUUUGGGGGACAUUUUCCCUUUAUUCAUAGGACAAUUGAAGAUGAGACAGGAAAGGUGGGGUGGUGGGGGGGUGACAUGCAGCAAAGGGCUGCAGUCUGGAUGUGAACCCGGGCCGUUGCAGAAGCCUCAGGAAUAUGAGGCGAACACUCUACCUGGUGAGCUAGAGACCACCCUGAAAAAUUAGUUUUUAGAGCAAAAUCUUUGGAUAAAAUUGCGUAGGUUAGAACAUAUACAUGUUUGAAUAUGUGACAGUUGUUAUUAUUUAAUACUGCACACUUACUGUUUGAAUCAGCUGUUGAUGCUGACACGGCUCAAAAACGUGAAAAGCACUCCUGCUGCUCUCCUCCUGCUCUCUCUGCUCUCUCUGCUCAGUUGACACAAACUAACACAGCACAACAGGAUCUCCGCUCACCCAUCAUAUUACAACUGUAUAACAUGACUUUUUUCUUGUACUCUUGAAAAAACAUCUCUCCUUAUAAAACCAUGACUUUAUAUUAUUCCACAAAAAAACCCCCAAAAAACUUUACUGUUGAAAUUUUAUGGCUUUUCUUUGAAUUCCAACUUUAUUCUCAUAACAUUAAGGUUUUUUCUCAAAAUCUCAGAUUUGAGUUUUCCUUGACAUCGACCGUCAUACUCCUUUGUACUGGAGUGAGUAGAUACUCAGUCUUCUAGAAUGUUUCCACCUGUUGGCACUGCUAAUGACAAACAUGCCAUGUUAAGUCUUUGUAUGUUGUGUGUCCUUGAAGGAAGAAAACCCUUAACUAAGUGAUCUUACAUCGUGCCUAAUGUUUGGAUUUAGGAGUGACAUUUAUACGGCACUGAUCUCUGUCUUAUUAUCACAGUUUUUAGUGAGACCAAAAUAUGGACCUUGAAAUUCUUAUUUUUUUGUGUCUUUUUUUGUCUUUUUAUUUUUUCAUUUUAGCGGUUUUUCCUCAUACAUGUGGCCCUCAUUUGUGAUGUAUCAUUUGCCUUUAUCCUGUGAUCAUUUCAACUAUUCAGAUGACAAAUAUUUAAAUUUUGACAGACACAGUUUUUUUUUUUUUUGCAGUGCCGAGAAUCCAUGUAAACAAUUGAUUUUGUAUUCAACUUUUAAUUUUUUCUUUUUUUCUUUUUUUUUCUUUUUUUAAAGAAAAUGACUCAGGCUUGGUGUAGAUUGAGGCCCCUGGUGAGGAGUAAAUGUGAAAAUCUCACACACACACACACACACUGAGCCACGACUAUUAUUGCUUUGAAGAACCCACACACACACACACACACGUCUGUACGAACACACCAAACAGUGCAUUAGAUGUGGAUGUUUCUUUGUAUCCGAAGUCUACUCAUUUAUGGCCUAAAGCUGCAGCCUUCGUAAAAACUGACUGACUGACUGACUAACUUUCUGACUGGUUUUUGGCUGGCUUCUGACUGGUUACUGGCCGGUUACUGACUGGUUUCUGACUGGCUCUCCUGCUAAAUUGAACACUAUGGCAAUAAACACUAAUGUAAAGGACGCAGCACUUGAUACUUCCUGUUUAUUUUCUGACUGACAGACUGUCUCGUCAGCUGACUCUUUUGUCCCGUCUGAUCACAUUUGAGUAGAAAUGACCUCUGAACCCUGUGGGGUGAGCGGGUAAAGAAAACGUGAAAGUUGUAGUUUUUAGUUGUGUUCCUGAUCGGCACGUGAUGCUGAAUUUAUUAUAUAUUUAGUGUGUGUGGUUGCGUGAGUGUGUGACUGUGUGAGUGUGUGUGUGUGUGUGUGUGUGUGUGUGUGUGUGUGUGUUUGUGUGUGGGUGGGUGAGCGCCGGUCAUUAAAGACAGUGAAGUAUUAUUAUUAUUAUGACCUGAAGUAGACCUGACAAAAAAAAUCACUGUUAUCACUGGGUAGAGCAUUUAUAUAUUUGUAAUAUUGAAAAUAGAUUUAUUAAGUCCAGAAUGCACCAAUAGGAUCGCAGGUUUCACCUUUCGCCUCAGCUGCCAUUGGUCCAGGAGGAAGUGUGGGUGGGGCUAAGUGGAAUUAACUGUAUUGAAUGUAAAGUUAAUUGAUACCACUUCCUAUAUAUCAUCACUUCUUCCUGAGUAAAUCUGCUUUUUGUAUGAAUAUUCACAAUGAAUAAAUAAAUAAAUAGAUGAUUGAUAGAAAA